AUGCCGUGCCAGGACAUCAAUGGGGGCUCUGGCGUGCUAUUUGAAUUGAACAAGUGUCAGCGUCGAGGGAAACAGCUGAAACAGCUCUAUGGUGCUCCUCCGGUGACCCCUCCAUGUAUAUAUUCUCAGACGUUGUUGUACAGCAUUUGCAUGUCCUGCCAGUCCGCUCUCAAAACUCAAAAUAUUAACACUUUAACGCCAAGUUUUUUAUCCGGCUGCCGGAAACAGACAACACACAAACGGCGCACACAAACACAAACACCGGGGGGGCUGGGAACACAAAUACUAGUGCACUGCUCUCGGCGUUGGCGGCACAAAACGCCAUGUUGGAUUAUUCAACUCGACGCCAUUUCGCGUCACAAUGCGCGCUAUGCGCCGCCAUCAUUGCAACCGACAGCGAACGGCACACGGUAAUAGCAGCAACUACAACAAAGGCAGCGGGAAAUGCAACAACAACUGCAGCAGGACAAGGACGAAGGACGAAGGACUAGGGCGGCCCACACGGCGGAUGAAGUUGCAAUUCAAAGUCAUAAACACGUGGAGCGUGGGCGCAAAGUCUCAGCUAAGCCGGUGGACCAUUUUGUUGUCUAUGCAACACGACAGACAGAGGGUAUCAAAGGCAUAUUAAAUCCACUCCAUUUGCCCGCAAAACUGCAAUUGAGCAUGCUGGCAUUCACUUUUGAUGGCCGCCCGUUGGAGAAAAUACUUCAAAUGGAUCAAGUAUUUUAUGCUUUAUCCUAUCAUAUAAAAAAGAUCUUAUUUGCCCAGCACAGCAGCCAAUUUCAGACAUAUAUGUAA